AUGGACCAGAUGGCAGAUGAAAUAAUGCUGACAACCGAUGUGAGAGAAAAUACUGCUGAGGAGAAUUCUCCGUGGGUGAGAGGAGAAAGGAUACAAAAUGAGGCUAAGGUCAGCAGCUGGAGAAAUGGUGUUUCUGCAGAAACUGAUCCUGAAGAGACCACUAGAGACACUGCACAGCGGCCUAAAGAAUGUGACAGCUCUCAUUCUCCUUUGUUCUCUUUGAAAAUGUAUUUGAGGAGAUCAUUCUCUGCAGCGUCUUCCACCACAGACUCGAUGUCUCCUUCUCAGCAGAGCAACAUUGGAGUUGACUGUGCAGGAAUAAUCCUGAACUGUCUCUUCUGCCGGUUCUACGAUAUGAUGCUCAUGCUACCAGCUUCCUGCGAGAGAGUUGCCAACCACUGCUGCCCGAACUACAAACAAGUCAUGACCACAUCUGAGACCACACCCAGCAAUAACGAUGACUCCUGCGUGGACUUUGACUGUGGCCUGUGUAAUUCCUGUCAUGAUGCAGGUGACUGCUUGGAGUUGGCGAUGGAGAUUUCACAGUUAUGCUAUCACUAGGGUAAAACCAUAGUAAUCACAAAUUGUGAUAGGAAAUGGGUCAUGUAAUCCAGAUUACAUUCCUUCCUAACAUGAGGCAAGCAAGGGAACUGUAGCAGAUGCAGGGCAAUGAACUGUCCAGAUAUACUGCAAGCAAUGUUGCAGGGCUGCAAAAGGGGGAUUUCCCCCUUGCAAAAUGAAGUGUAGGUGAGCAAAACUUUGCAGGAAUAGAAUCAGGGCCAGAAGGAUUUUUCAGUGGUGCACAGAGCAGGUUGGCACAUUUCUUUUAAGAUUUUCUUUUUUCUUAUGUUCACUCACUUGCUUGUUUUUACCAUUUCCAGUUAGGAACCAUUGUCAGACUCUUCCAUGUUGCAUGACGGAUUUCUUACUGCCCAAGAAUGAAUGCAAACAAAAGA